AUGGACCAUAGCAACAGGGAGAAGGAUGACAGGCCACGAGCAGCCAAAGCUUUGCCAGUGCGGACCGUCCAUAGCACCCGGCCAUCCAGCUCGACCACCUCCUCAGGGGUCCUUAUGGUGGGACCCAAUUUCAGGGUGGGAAAAAAGAUUGGCUGUGGAAACUUUGGGGAGCUACGGUUAGGUAAGAAUCUUUACACCAAUGAAUAUGUGGCUAUUAAACUGGAACCAAUCAAAUCUCGUGCACCCCAACUUCAUCUGGAAUAUCGAUUUUACAAGCAACUUGGAAGUACAGAUGGCCUUCCUCAGGUCUUCUACUUUGGCCCAUGUGGAAAGUACAAUGCCAUGGUACUCGAGCUCCUAGGUCCAAGUUUAGAGGACUUGUUUGACCUUUGUGAUCGGACAUUCACUUUAAAGACUGUGCUAAUGAUAGCCAUUCAACUGAUAACAAGGAUGGAAUAUGUUCACUCCAAGAACCUCAUUUACAGAGAUGUAAAACCAGAGAACUUUCUAAUUGGUCGUCAAGGGAAUAAGAAGGAGCAUAUUAUCCACAUCAUUGACUUUGGACUGGCCAAGGAGUACAUAGACCCAGAAACCAAAAAGCACAUACCUUAUCGGGAACACAAGAGCCUGACUGGAACAGCCAGAUACAUGUCCAUAAACACUCACCUGGGAAAAGAGCAAAGUCGGAGAGAUGACUUAGAAGCCUUGGGACACAUGUUCAUGUAUUUUUUGCGAGGAAAGCCUUCCGUGGCAAGGCCUUAAGGCAGAUACCCUUAAGGAACGCUAUCAGAAGAUUGGCGAUACAAAACGCAACACUCCUGUAGAAGUUCUUUGUGAGAAUUUCCCAGAAGAAAUGGCAACUUACUUGAGAUAUGUAAGGCGUUUGGAUUUCUUUGAGAAGCCGGACUAUGACUAUCUCAGAACGCUGUUCUCUGAACUCUUUGAACGAAAAGGAUACACUUUUGACUAUGUUUAUGAUUGGGUUGGCAGGCCAAUUCCUACCCCUGUGGGAUCCGUCCAUGUUGAUUCUGGAACUUCUGCGAUAACCAGAGACAGUCAUGUCCACCGGGAGCGGCCAUCACAGACUCAACCACUCAGAAACCAGGUUAUGAGUUCAACAAACGGGCAGCUGAAUGCUGAUGACCAAACAGGAGGUCACUCCAACGCACCGAUCACAGCGCAGGCCGAGGUGGAGGUUGUGGAGGAAGCUAAGUGCUGCUGUUUCUUUAAAAGGAAAAGAAAGAACCACUCUCAGAGACACCACAAGUGA